AGUAAUUAGACUGAAGGGAAGGAUGAAGUAUAUUAUAGCAAUCUUAGGUGCCAUCGUUGCAUUGAUACAUAGUAGCAAUGCUGUGGUUAGCCGAAAAAAACCGACUGUUCAAAUCGAACGUGUUGAACCUUCGAGUGACUUCGGCUAUGAUUACGUCCUCGAGAACGACCUGCACGAUGCUGUUCAAACUCAUGAAAUAUGCGUUGUCAACUCCAAGUUGAUAUUGAUUUCACAAAUGAGUGAAAGUGUUUUGAUUAAAGCUGUUGUGGAUUCAAAAGGUGUUAUUCAGAGAAUGGGAGCUUUUCGAAUCGGGAAAAGUACUUCGAUGGUACAUGGACUUAGUCUUUCUAACAAAUUUCCCGGAAAGGUCUGGGUUACUUUAGAGGCCGAUAAUAUAGUAGUUUUGAUCGAUCCUGUUAACAAUAGUCAGUCGCCGCCGAGAAUUGUACGAGAAAUUUUGUUACCUCCGUCUGCAAAAGGUCCGCAUUACGUUGGUGAAUUUGGUAACGAGAUUUGUACUACUAAUAAAGGAACCGCUUCUGUGACGUGCGUCAACUACCUAAACCCAAGCGAUUACACAAUCUACCAAGGUCUUCCGAACCCAAUAUUUAUUGCUCAGCACCCAAUCAACCGAAUGUUAUAUAGUGGAGAGGAUAAUUCUAACAUGAUAAUGAAGAUGAAUCCAAAGACAAAAUCCGUUACACAAAUACCAGUCACGUCUACAACUGGCAGGACACCAGUAGGAAUGAUUAGUGGUCCGAAAGGCGUGUGGUUUGUACUUGCUGGUAACAGCACACAAGGAACUGGAACAUUUGGAUUCAUUGAUGAAAAUGACAGCAUCGUUUACUACAGACUUAAAUCGCCCAUAGGUGAAAAAGCUGCACUUCUUCAUUUGGCAUUUGACGUCAAUUAUUGGACUACGCAUACUCUCUACCUUUUGUCCACGUCAUUACUCAACAAAGAUAUUCCUGACGCUCUCAUCACGGUUAAAUUCAAUUCUCUGUGGAAUGAAAUUGUGAGCGAGUCCGCCAAGCUAAUACCAACUCCACACGCGAUGGUUCAUCGCAUAGCAGCCACGUCAACUAAUAUUUUCGUAACCGAGCUUGCUACAUCUAAACUUGCAUCCUACGUCUUCGAUGAAAUUAAUUAAUUGACCAAAAAUGUGAACUGAUUCUUUCCUAAUAAA